AUGUCUAGUCUGGCGAAACCGACCACGGGUAUUCGAACGAGAGCAAAGGAAGAGAAGGCCGCUAUGCCACCUCCUUCAGCUCCCCAGUCCAUCCGCAGCCGUCCAAUAUCCCAAGCACCUACAUCUACCACUGCUACUUCGACGAGGUCGGGAUUGGUCGCUCCCUCACGAACGCUGUCAACUCGAGUACCUGCCUCUUCAGUAGGCACCGUUGCGAAACCGCGUGUACCGUCGCAUUCUCGCACAGCCAGCACCUCGACUCUCGCAGCCUCGAGCACUACAGACUCGGCCUUGAAGCGGUCUGCCACGCUUUCUUCGACGGCGAGACAUUUUCGAUCGCAAAGCUCGACCACCACAGCUUCGACCUCUAGGCUCGCUACUCCUUCCGACCCAUCGACCCCGAUCUCUGUCAGGAGCAGUGCAGACCCCGUCAAGCCUCUGGUCAGACGUCUUGUUCGACCAGCUCCUACCUCAAGCGUACCCAACCUCGAACCCUCCACCUCAAGACCGGCGUUCAACACGCUCCAACAACACUACAGUCCUGCCAAAACUACCUUGCCCAAACCGCCAGUUCCAUCGUCUCGAGCCGCUCCAUCAGCUGAAGUGAAAGCUGUCCAAUCCGGCGCCGUCUUCGAAACCACAAAACUGCAAUCCGAACUUCUAUAUCUCUCCAUCCUCCACGAAGCAGCCGAGCCAAACCUUCGCAGCUACGAGAAGAGCGCCAAAAGAGCACUACAGACAGAAUUCGAAGCGGCUCAGGAAGAGGUGGGACAGAUACGAGAGCAAGAGCGCAUAUUCCAAGAGCAAGGAAAUCUGGUUGCUAUAGCAGAAUGGCUGGGUGUCCAAGGAGCACAAGUACACCCCGAAGCUGCGGAAAUGAUACAGAGCCUAAGCGGCUGCUUCAACGAGCUCAUGAUGCUCUCAGCUCCCGAAAGCAAAUAUACGGCCUUGGUGCACGAUUUCUCGGAAUGGGCAGCUGAGGCGACUGAGCAGGACAGGGCACAUAUCUUCUCAGGGCCUCUGCCUCAGGAUUGGCAUCACACACAUGCUUCGAUUACACAGCGUUUACGGUUGGUGGAGCGAGAAGUUGAAAUGCUGCCAUCAGCACCCUCGAGCACAAAUGAAGAGGCUCCAGAGUCAUCCUUGGCUAUUAUGCUCAAGUGUCUGAACGACUUGGUCUUGGGUAUGAAGGAAGAGUUGGAAGCAAUGAUACGGCUUGAGCGUCAAGUAGUGAGUACGGAGAAGCAACGAGUGAGCAAUGCUGUAGCUGGAUUGUCCAUGGAUACGCUGCUGCAGAGUUCUGAAGAGUGGACAGCUGCUUGGUAG